AUGGAUUCUAGUGCUGCAUUGCCAUUGCCAACGAACAAUGGAUUCAAAGCAAAGGAACUUCCUGAUUUUGAGGAAGUUGUAGAGAAAGAUCCCACAAGCCGAUAUCUUCGAUACAAUGAAAUCUUGGGCAAGGGUGCUUUCAAGACUGUGUAUGAUUCUGAUACUUAUUAUAGAGGUUUUGAUGAAGUUAAUGGAAUUGAAGUUGCUUGGAACCAAGUUCGAAUUGAUGAACUCCUACAGUCAACAGAUGAUCUUGCAAAAUUAUAUUCUGAAGUGAAUCUAUUAAAAUCUUUGAAACAUGAAAAUAUCAUAAAAUUCUUUAAUUCCUGGAUUGAUGAUAAGAACAAAACUGUCAACAUUAUUACUGAACUAUUCACAUCGGGAAAUUUAAGACAGUAUCGUAAGAGGCAUAGGUAUGUUGACAUGAAAGCCAUAAAAGGUUGGGCUAGACAAAUUCUUCAGGGCUUGAUAUAUCUUCACAAUCAUAAACCACCUAUUAUUCAUAGAGACUUGAAAUGUGACAACAUCUUUGUGAAUGGAAAUCAUGGAGAGGUUAAGAUAGGAGAUCUUGGUUUAGCAAUUGUCAUGCAACAACCAACUGCUCGAAGUGUUAUUGGAACUCCUGAGUUUAUGGCUCCAGAACUAUAUGAAGAGGAAUACAAUGAACUUGUUGAUGUCUAUUCUUUUGGGAUGUGCAUAUUAGAGAUGGUUACUUUUGAGUACCCGUAUAGUGAAUGCAAAAAUCCAGCUCAAAUCUAUAAAAAAGUGACCUCUGGAAUUGAACCUACAUCCCUUAAAAGGAUUAGUGAUCCCCAAAUUAAGGAGUUUAUUAAGAAAUGCCUUGUUCCAGCAUCUAAGAGAUUGUCUGCAGAGGAUCUUCUUAAAGACCCAUUUCUACAAAUUGAGAGUCCAAAGGAUCCAAUUCUUGAUCUCUCACAAUUACCUAAUAAAUCUCCAAAUGUUGUAGAUUCGUCCAAGUCUCGUCACCCAUCAAUGGACCUAGAUGCUGAUUCCAAACACAUCUCUUUAGGUACCUGUACUAAUGAAAGUAGCCAAGGAAGUCCACAUUGUUUAGUUCUAGAAAUUCAGAAGACGCAUAAGAACAAUGAGUUUAAGUUGAAAGGGACCAAAAAUGAUGACAACUCAAUAUCAUUGAUCUUGCGCAUUGCUGAUUUAGGUGGUCAAGUAAGGAAUAUACAUUUUCUCUUUUACCUUGAGACAGAUACUGCUGUUUCUGUUGCCUCAGAGAUGGUUGAAAACUUGGAGUUGGCAGAUCAUGAUGUAGCUUUCAUAGCCGAGCUUAUCGAUUACUUGAUAAAAAAAUUUGUACCAAGGUGGAAGCUCCCAUCUGAUUAUUCCUUGAGUGGAGAUAGUCAAACCUUAAUACCAUGCCCAUGGGGUUCUGCCCUAACUAGUAUUCCCUCUGAAUUGGUUUUGGAUCUAGAUACUACUACUCAAAGAGGUGGUUUUGCAUUAGUUAGGGAAAGUUGCAUGUUUAAUGAUGCCAAUAAGGCUACUUUUAAGGGUGAGUAUAGUUCUUUUCCUAGUUUGGCUAGCUUGGAAGAUCAAUAUUCAGAAGAAUCUAUAGCAUCUGAGAUAGUUAUUGAAGAUGCUUGCAUGAAAAGCAACAACUAUCUUGAUUCAGAUGUUGAUGGGAGCUUUGAACGAUUAAGUUGGUCUACCUCUGUACAAGAGUUUGGAGAUACAUAUUUUGAAGCUUGUAAAUUGCAGACUACAAAUAAUAAUGAUGGAGAAGGCAUUGAGAUAAAUGAAUCAUCACAGAAUCCACAUUUUAUAUCGACAACUUUUUGUGAAACAUCUAAUCUUACGAGCUUGACAAGCAAUUUUUCUUCUCUAUCUUUAGCUAACAAAGACAUUGAUGUUGAACUAAAGUUCGAACUUGAAGCAAUAGAGUCACAAUAUCAACAUUGGUUUCAAGAACUUUCUAGAAUGAAGUUAGAUGCAUUGGAAGCAACUAGAAGGAGGUGGAUAGCCAAAAAAAAGCUUAUUGUUCAUUAA